ACUUUCCAAGUUGCAGAACCGGACAACCCCAUUCUCAAUACUGCUUUACACACCCAACAAAUUACACAUACAAAUUUGUAAACCCGUUUCUUCUUUCUUCUUCUUUCUUUUUCUUCUCUUUAAUUCAGAACAGCCCACAUGAGUAAUAUGUUUAUUUUUGUUUUUUCAUAUGAAAUUAUUUGUGGGGGUUUUUUGAAUUCGUGGAAACAAUUUGAUUAAUGUUAAUUUUUUGGGUUUUCUUUGUGAAUUUUGUAAAUUGAAUAUAGAGGGUUUGGUGGAGUAAUAAACCCCUGAUUGUGUGUCGGCGCAGGGUCCCUUUCUGUCGGCAUUAUCUCUGUUUUCAUCCAUCGAUGAUGCUGAUGUUGAUUGUCAUUAUGAUAUUUUCCAUUCCCAAUUUUAAUUGAAAAAAAAAUUGAACUGAGCUCCUUUGAAUUUGAAGAUUGGUUAGUUGAAGCAGCACCAUCAAUCAAUCAGUUUGUACUUCUUUUGGGUUUUGAUUGCAGCAAAUCAUUUUUCUUGAAUUGGGAAUUUGAAUGCUGGAAAUUGUAAUGUGAGUAAUUUUCUUGAUCUGAGAAGGAAAAAGUUUCUCUCCUUCAAAAUUCAAGCCCUGGUUCUGAGGGAUCUUGCCAAACUGGCUUCUAUUGCAGCAAAGAUUCAGAUUUUUUUCGCAUUUUCUACUGUUUUGCCGCGAGGUCCACUAGUUUUAGUUUAUGUUUUCUGUUGCUCGAUUUCAUUUUUCAUUACAUUUUGUUAGUUUUGAAGCCUGAAUUAGCUUAUACAAUUGAGCGUUCGGGCAUUGAGAUUGUUCCUGAAUUUUAGUUUGUAGUUCUGAUAUGUCCACAUAUAUUAGUUUAUAAAUCCUGAGCUUCUGUACCGUUUGUAAUUUCAAAUGUCGCUUGGAAUCUGUUUUCAAUAAAGGAAAAGAAGCAUACUUGAAGGGCUCAUAGAGAAUAGCUUGAAUAAGAAGUUUCCUGGCUCUUAUCUGGAGACUCUGACUCCCAACUGUGUCACCUUCCUGGUGAGAGAAUGUAAAAAUGAUUCUUGUUGAUUCAACAUUCAUGUGAGAUAGACCAAUGAAUAUCCCUACAGUUUCAUUAUCUGGGAACCUGCAGAUUUCGUGCAAAAUUUUGAUCUCUGCAUCAUGUUCAACUUUUAAUUCUGAGCUAUCUGCUUCGUGAAAUUUUUACUCGCCCUUGCCUCAUACAUUAAACAUUUGUAUAAUCUGUUCCAGUUAUUGUAUUGUGUUAAUUUCAUUUCAUUAAAUAAUUAAAACCAAUUCCAUACACGGAAAAUUCUGCCUGCCCCUUUCUCUUCGGCCCCUUUCUCUUCGUAUUAGAGUAUCUACUUUUAAUCUUCAUUCAUGCUUAUUUGCAAAUUUCAGGUUUCAUGCGUGAUAAUCUAUAUUUUCGGGGUCACCACUGUAGCUGAAGUUGGAUCCCGGACCAAAUGUCAAGGACUCUUGCAGCAAUUCUAGGAGGUGCUGCAGGAGCCGUGGCAUUGGCAGGGAUACUGGUUAUAAUUUUAUGGUACUGCCUUUUCCAUAGACGGAGCGUUACAAGAACCUCUGAGACAGGUUCUUCCGAUCCAUCUGUGCAAGCAGUUGGAAGAAGCGUAAGUGUUGAAAUGGCUUUGCAAGGUGCUAGGCGCUUUGAAUUGGAAGAAUUAUCGUUAGCAACAAAAAAUUUCGGCGAUAAAAGUUUGAUAGGUCAUGGAAAAUUUGGGGAGGUGUACAAAGGCUUGCUUCAUGAUGGGAUGUUUGUGGCUAUAAAAAAGCGACAUGCUCCUCCUUGUAAGGAGUUCAUUGAUGAGGUACGGUAUCUCUCGUCUAUUCAACACCGGAAUCUGGUCACCCUUUUAGGUUAUUGUCAAGAACAUGAUGUACAGAUUCUUGUUUAUGAGUAUAUACCCAAUGGAAGUGUAUCGAUUCACUUAUAUGGUGCUGGUCAGGUUUCACAAGAAAAGCUUGAAUUCAAGCACAGGCUUACAAUAGCUCUUGGGGCAGCUAAAGGUUUGGCUUACCUUCACUCCCUUAGUCCUAGAUUGAUACACAAGGAUUUCAAAACAGCAAACGUUCUUGUAGAUGAAAAUUUCAUAGCUAAGGUGGCAGAUGCUGGGUUACGCAAUUUUCUUGGAAGAUUUGAGCAAGCAGGCCCAUCUUCUCAGUUAGCAGCCGACGAGUUUUUCCUCGCCCCAGAGGUAAGAGAGUUCAGACAAUUUUCAGAAAAAAGCGAUGUCUACAGUUUUGGGGUGUUCCUUUUGGAGUUAGUAAGUGGGCAGGAAGCAAGAGACUUGCUUUCUUCUGUCGUCAAUGAAAACCUUGUUGAAUGGAUGCAAAAUCUUCAAGAAUCUGGCAGUAUAUCAACCAUCAUCGAUCAGAGAUUGGGAAAUAGCUUUACUACAGAAGGCAUGGAAGAAUUUUUACAAUUAAUAAUGCAUUGUGUAUACCCUUCAGGCGAGAAGCGUCCUGUAAUGAGCUAUGUGGUAAUGGAACUUGAUCGUAUACUUGAGAAAGAAAUGAGCUUGACAACAAUUAUGGGAGAAGGGACACCAGUUGUGACCCUUGGAAGCCAGCUUUUUAGGGCUUCAAAAUAAAGAAAGAAAUGGGAAUCACUGCUUUGAGUGUGCAUUGUGAAAUAUACUUCCUUGGAAACAAGAGAGCUGUUUUGUUAAUUGUAUAAAGAGCAGCUGGAUGAAAUUUUUUUUUUUUUUUGCCCCCUCGAUUUUUCGUCAUAGUUGUAUGAAAUCUUCUUGUAGAAGCAUGUAUAGUAUAGUUAACAGUACAGUGAAGGUUGAGUGAGGAUUGGGAUUAUUGUGUUGGUGAUGUAAUUUUUCUGUACAAUUGCAUGUUAAGGAAAGUGCAAGGGAUUUGGUUCAGUUGCUUCCUUAAUA